GUUCUAUGGGUUUGUAGACUCUCAUUGUCCGCUGCCCUGACGGCCCCGGUGCAACGGAGACCCUUGCGAGAGCGUCACAGAGCGAUCCACCCGAUGGCGAUACCCCACGCCCUCCCCCAAAGCCAAAGAGAUAUACACCCAAGGUGGGCAAGCCUUUUGGACUUUGUUGGCUAAUUCAGUCGCCGUACUUUGGCCACCCACCACUAGCGACUAGUUGGGGCGGGGGGAUCGGUCUUGGACUCGGUUUGUCCCUACUACGAGAAAUACUAUAAAGAGAAGUUCCCGUAGCCCUCCCCAUCUCAGCCAACCUCCCACCCGUUGUUUCACGCUACCCCGACCAGCUCGGCCUUCCUCAUAAGUUACAAAUACUAUGGCUCCCACCGCUUCCCCCCUGAACGGCAACGGCAGUGCCAGUUCGACACACCACACCAAUGGUAGCAGCACGUCACAACCCAACGUCCCCGGCGGCAUCUACGUGCCGAUCGUGACACCGUUUCUCUCCAAGGAACAAGGCGAAGAACUGGACCUGCCCACGUUACAGAAGCACUGUGGGCGUCUCGCUUCGGCCGGCUGUGGCAUCGUGCUGAUGGGCACGAAUGGCGAAGCCUCGCAUAUGACCCGCGAAGAACGGCAGCAAGUCAUCAGCACGGUUCGCAAGCUGCUCCCGACGACGCCGAUCAUCGCGGGCACGGGCACGGGCUCGCUCAAAGAGACCAUCACGCUGACCAAGGAUGCGGCGCAGGCGGGCGCAGACGCAGUGCUUGUCAUUGCUCCAGGAUACUUUAGCGCUGCGAUCGGCAAGAACCAACAUGCGCUCAAGGAGUACUUUACCGAAGUGGCCUCGGCCUCGCCAGUACCAGUGAUGCUGUACAACUUCCCUGCAGCUGCGGCAGGGAUUGACAUGGACAGCGACCUACUCUGCUCGAUCGCCGAGCACCCGAACGUGAUCGGCGGCAAGCUGACCUGCUCGCAGAUUGGCAAAGGUGCGCGGCUCGUCUCUGCUCUCCAAGCGCAGGCCGCUGCGCACGCCAAGCCUGUGUGGCACGUCUGGCCAGGCUUUGCGGACGUUCUGUUGCCCGCCAUGACGAUCGGCAUGACGGGCGUGAUCGCGGGGACGGGCAACCUGUUCCCGCACACGCUCGUCGAGCUGUACAUGCUGAUCGACGCUGCAUUUCGCGAGAAAGACUUUGGCAAGCUCGAGCAAGCGCAGAAGCUGCAGGAGCUCGUAGGGCGCGCUGACUGGUGCAUGGCGAAAGCAGGCAUCGCGGGGAGCAAGUGGGCGCUGGGGCACUGGUUCUAUGACAUGGGCGUACCACGCAGACCGCUGCAGCCGCUCGGGAAGGAAGGACAGCAGAUGAUGCUGCAGGAGCUCCAAGAGGCGAUGGAGCACGAGCGAAGAUUGGCAGAGACCAAGGGCGACAAGUUCGUCGCCAAGGCGUGAGGCCCAGCCACUGGUCUCGUGUUUAUGUUCGUACUUCGAUGGCAAUGCAGUCCGCCAUCCCGUAAGCCUGGUGUGAGAUGACGGGCCGCACAGAUCUGUGCGCGCAGCCAUCCUGCCCGCUCCGACAACGCGACUGACUGCGGUCCAGUGCAUUCGCCCCAAACGUGGAAGUCAACUGCGUGUUUGUUCUGGCACGGCGCACUGAACACUUCGUCACCGCCCAUGUGCCCCCCCCCCCACUCCACCUUC